AUGAAAAAGUUGUGGAGGAAAGUUCGAAAAGGAUCGCCUGCUCGAAGCGGCGAGGCUUCCCCAAAAUCAGGAUCAACAAGAGGUUCAGUUGCAUCUUUGAAUAUUGGUUAUGACGUGAGAGAAAAGGAUUUGGGUAAACUUCACAAGGCUGCUUGGAACGGCGACUUGAACAAAGUGAAACAGCUCGCUAAGAAGGACCCAAGUCCACUUGACAAGGAGAACAGGACUCCCUUACACUUGGCUUGUAUACAAGGCCAUGAUCAAAUUGUACAGGAGCUGCUGGAAUGGAAGGCAAAAACAAAUAUUGGGGACAACCAGUCGAGAACCCCUUUGAUGAGGGCUGUGGAGUUCCAACAAGAAGGUUGUGUCAACCUUCUGACCACCUACCGGGCCGAUGUUGAGACGGGAGAUGGCCAGGGUAACACGCCACUCCACAUGGCGGUCAUGGGCGGCGGCUUGGGGAUUGUCACUCUACUCAUCAAGGCUGGAGCCUCCCUGAACACCAGGAACAAAGAAGGCUUUUCUCCUCUUCACCUGGCGGUCAGAAACAAGAUGGAGGAUGUGUGCAGACUUCUGUUGAAGGAACGAGCGGACAUUGACAUAGAGGACACUAACUUAAGAACCCCUCUGAUGUAUGCCUGUCAGGACGGCUCUGUGAGUCUGGUGAGGCUGCUGCUGGGAUACAACGCUAACACGCUGCACAAAGACUCAAAAGGCUGGUCAGCUGAUGAUUAUGCAGUCAUCCCUGGUCACCACGCAUGCAGUCAGCUGAUCACCGACCACAAUCACCGCGUCAGUCGUUCAACCCCUCAGUCCACACCUCGGUCCUCCCUCCCGCCCAGCGUGGUAAACACACCCAGAGACAAGGACUCCAUCGGCCUCCCUGCCCAGGAUGCUGAGGAUGAUGACUCUGAGAAUGAGACCAUCAGCAAAGCCUCGGGUGGCCCAGACUCGUGGGCCGACUCACCUGAGAUUUCCAUCAUGGAUGACAAGAAGGGAAAGGAUGCUUCUGAUGUUGAGGACGAUAUUUUUGAGGAGAAGCCUGCAGCUGCUAAAGUGGACGUGACCAAGUUUGCCCACGCCAUUCACAUCUCUGAGAGUGACACCGAUGGAGAAUCAUUCCGUGGUCCAACCCCAAGGAAAACCCCAAAAGACGAGGAAGCAGAUGAUGAUGAUGACCAGAUGGGCAUGCCGACGACACAAGGAGCAGCCGUUGCCGAGGGUAAGAGGGCAGCAGCAGCAGCCGUGGCAUCUGCUCGGCAGACUUCCUGGCAAUCCCAGACAUCAGGGGAGGACAACUCUUGGGGAGAUUCCCCCGUGGCACAGCGCAAAAACUCCACUCAGAGAGUGUCCUUCAAGAGAGACGAGGAGCUGUCGGAAGUCCACGAUAUUACUGUGACAGAGUCAGAGGCAGAGUCCGACGUCCAUGACCCUGGUGCCAAGCCACAGGUCAAGACAUCAACCCCAGCCAAGCCAAGUGUCCCGUCUACAGAGUCCGGCUAUGUGCCCACAGGGGCAGCUGGUUCAGCAGGCGUUUCUCCAUCACAUGAAAAGAUGAGAGGGGAUACUCAAAAGACAGCUCUCAUGGAUGAGUUGGGCAUCAGCGACGUGGAUGACAUCAGCGAGAUGUCGGACUCGGCCCCCGCCCUGCCUGCCUCGCCACCUCCUAAGGCGACCAAUCCGAGCCCUGGGGUAGACGAGUGGGACUCUUCUGCUGUCUCCGACAUCAUGACCACGCCCAGGCCUGGCAUACUCAAGAAGUGGGGAAAUUCCAGCCUGCAGAGUUCGGGUGAAGGAAAACAGCAGCCAACAUCACCCCAGCAGAAGCCAGCAGCACAGACAAAGACACUGAUCAAAGCCCCUGCUGUUGACUCUGGCGAUGAGAGUAGUGCCUGGGACACGACAGAGGCAGAGAACAUUGGUGCUAGGUCCAAGCCUGGUCCUUCUGCGUCAGCAACCGCUGCCCCAGGCCCUCCACAGCACAAGGACAGUGUGUCAGAAUGGGACAGUGACCUUGAGGAUUUGGUAAACCCAGUGACCCCUGCGGUGGCUGCAACCCCCACCCCUCCCCCGCCCAAUGCUACCAUCACCAAAGAGAAUAAUGCUAAUGAUGAAGAUGCUGAUGACGAUGACUGGGACUCGACAACUGACGCUAUAACUCCCAGACAGAAUGCUGGUCUGCAGUAUAAAGAGGUGAACGUAGGUGGUCCCUCCAGCAUAUCUGAGCCACUUGUUCCUGUACAAGCCGCUCCUGUAGCCCAGCCUGUGCCUGAGUCUGCAGUGACAGCGUCUGCAGUAGCGGCUCAAGCUCAAGGUCAAGGAGGAGGAGGAAUGAUGGCCGCUGAUGAUGAAGACACGGAGAGUGCAUGGGAUUCUGAUGGCGAUGCUCUGCCAUCAGAGAGCGCUGACCCUCCAGCAUAUGACGACCCCCCUCCCCCCUACCUGGCUACACCCCUUAUCCCCACCGCUAUAACCAGCCCCCGGACGUCACAGCUACAGGGAGCAGCUACUUCUGGCCAGCCAGCAGCUCAAGAGGGGAAAGUUCAUGCAGGUGUAGGGGUGAAAGCUCAAGCCUCACCUGCCUUUGACUCUGAUGAGGACUCAGAGACUGUCAGUUCAUGGGAGCUGGAAAGAAAGAGACAGAGGAGCAAGCCUCAGACAUCUGUUGACUUGAACUUUGGGAGCAGAACUGAGUCCCCCAACAGGCAGCGGGAGAUAGAGGAGGAUGCAAUGAGACAGGAACAGAAUGAAUUGCAAGAGCGAUUGAGAGAGCAGAAGCUAAGAGAAGAGGAGGAGAGAAGGAAGGAGAAGGAAGAGCAAAGGAAAAGAGAGGAGGAGGAGGAACAAAGACUGAGGGCAGAAGAAGUGAAAAGAGCGAGAGAAGAAGCGGAAAGAAAGGAGAGGGAGGAGGCUGAACGACAAGAGCAGCAGAGAAGAGAGUGGGAGAGGGAGGAGAUGAGGAGGGAAGAGGAA